GAAAUAAGGUAUUUAUAAUAGAGUUUAGGGGAGUGAAGAAGUGCUUCUCUCUACUCUAUUGACGCUUAGCUUCCUUCCUAUGGAUCUUCAUGGGAACCCCAACCCCCACAAUUCUUCGAUGAAGAAACGCAAGCCAGACGACGAGGAUGCUUUGAUCAGUGAUCAUGGAAAUUCUGUGAGUGUGGGAGAAUCAUCAGGGAGUGGUGAUACUGGUGAUCUCUGCAAGAGUUCUACCUCAGGAUCACUGAAUUCAAACAAUCCAAAUGGUUCCAAUUUUGAUAAUUCAUGUCAGGACGAUGAUGAGGAUAUGGUUGAAGAUGAUGAUGAUGAUGAUGAUGCAGAUGAAGAUCCUGGUUAUGACACUGAUCUUUAUUACGAUGAUGAGGACAUCUUUGAAGAUGACUAUUCAAAUAUGCUGGAUCAAUUUGACAAUGUGGAUUUGCCUCCUGGAGUAGAGGCUUCACUGCCCUGGUUGAAGGGCAUUGCUUCUAGUGAAUGCAAGUCAGCUGUUGCUUUUGCCCAUGCUGAAGCUGGAUCCAGUUCUAAAGGCACAGUUGAUGAAUCAAAAGAUGUGGUCAUGCAAAAGUUUCAACAAUUUAAGAAAUUUGAUACUGUUGAUUCUUUUCCUGAUCAUCACUAUGAUAAGGAGGGCUCUUCAGAGAAACAGCGACCAAAGAAUUGGGCCAAAAAAAUCCAGGAAGAGUGGAAAAUCUUGGAGGAAAAUUUGCCAGAAACUAUUUUUGUGAGAGUUUGUGAGUCUAGAAUGGAACUUCUAAGGGCUGUCAUCAUUGGACCGCAAGGCACUCCAUACCAUGAUGGUCUUUUCUUCUUCGACUGCCUUUUUCCUCCUACCUACCCUGCAGGUCCACCAAAAGUUUACUAUCACUCAGGUGGCCUAAGGCUAAAUCCAAAUUUAUAUAAUUGUGGAAAAGUCUGCCUUAGUCUUUUGGGCACUUGGCAUGGUAAGCAGAACGAAAACUGGGUUCCAGAUAAAUCAACCAUGCUACAAGUCUUGAUUUCUAUACAAGCUCUGAUUCUGAAUGAGAAGCCCUUUUUUAAUGAGCCUGGGUAUGCAUCAUCAUAUACUGGUGUAGAGGGGCAAAGAAGAUCUAAGGAAUACAAUGACAGUACAUUUAUUUUAUCCUUGAAGACAAUGAUGUAUACAAUGCGUAAACCACCAAAGCACUUUGAGGACUUCAUUGCGGGGCAUUAUCGAAAUCGAGCUUAUUUCAUACUGACAGCAUGUCAAUUAUAUACUGAGGGGGCUCCAGUUGGAUCAGUUGUUCAUAAUCUGCUUCAGAGCAAGAGUGAUGAUUCUAUACCUAAAAGCCAAAAAGAUUUCCAGGAAGCUGUUCGUAGGAUGAUGAACACUCUUAUUGCAUUCUUCACCAAAAAUGGCUCCACAGACUGUGAGGAGUUUCGGUCUCCUGAGAUUUAUGAUUUAUCUGCAGCUGCUUCUAACUUAGGGGGUUACAAGGUAGAACCGAGCACAUCAACCUAGGGUUUGAAGGCCCUAGGUUGUUCAUGAUGUGAAUGAUACUUAGUUGGUAUAUUUUUUGUGGUGGAUUAUUUUUUGGCCCGCGCUUAGUUAUAACUUAUAAAAAUCGACAUGCUAGUUUUUUCUGAUAUUCUGCCUGUUUCUUCCGCAAGACAACGAUUUUCGUUGGACAUGACAGAAAACUUCCUCUGUAAAUAAUUUGGCUGACAUGCAUAUCUUUAGUAGAAGUUAUAUAUAAUUACUAUUUCUACAA